AUGGGGCAGAAGUCUCAAGGGCUUGGCGUUCAGCUUGCCCUGGUGCCUCUACUCAUUCUCCUGUCCAUGACACUGGUGGAUUCCAAUCCCAACGUCUGCCAAAAGUGCUCCAAAGGAUCUGAUCCCCUAAACAAAACAAAGUUGAAGAUCAUAAUGAUGAGUCAAGAUACUCAGGAUCUGUACAACUCCUAUCUGACUCACGAGAACUUGCUGGACGUUUCCCAUCAAUUUUGCAACGUGGCGCCCGUGCCUUGGUUUCCGAACAGAAAUAUAAACAGGGCCCCCGAAAGCUCAAUGCUGCAAGAUCUGCACAAGACGCUCAUAUACCUGGACGAUUACUUUGCGGGGCUCCUCAUGCAACAGCAAGAACGGCGACAGCCUACAGAGCCUGCAUUGUUCAAGAAAAUGGAAAACGCUUCGUUGUCAGUAAAAGGACUUCUCUACAACGUUCAGUGCGCCCUCUGCAUACGGGGCCUCGUGCCGGACAGCGUAACUCCCCCAGGGAGAACACUACACACUUCAGACUUCUAUCGUAAAAUUGAUGGGUGCCGGUUGCUUUCAAGCUACUCCAAUUUCAUCAGGAAUUUGGCCAGGGCCUUCAACAGGCAGGCAGGGAAAAGGAAGAGGAGGAGAAGUGGGCGAGGCAUGGCGCAAAUUUCUGGCUGA